AUGUCGCAGGAAGCGGAGAUACUCCAUCUGCUUCGCAUAGGACGUCGCGAUGCCUUCGAGGCGCGGCUGCAGCAGUUUAGAAGGUUGCAGCUCACGCAGUCAAAGGCCGGCAAGGGCAAACUCUGCAGACUUAUCAACCACGUCGUCCACUCAGAUGGCCAGUACGCAACGGUUCUCAUCGAGGAUAUCUCCAACCUUCUCAACGAUGCCGACCCGAUCGUCAGGAUCGAUGCGCUCGCCGCCUUUGCAUCGUCAGCGCACCUCUUCAUGUUCCACGUGCUGUUGGCUCGGGCGGUACACCCUUCGAGCCAGACAGCCAGGGACGCCGUGGCCGACCUUGCAUGUGCCCUCAGCCUGGUGAAGCGUGCCGCGGUGGAUAUGGAUGCGAGCGACUGCCGGGGAAAGAAUGGACUCGCCAGCGUCACUGAGCUUGUGCAUUCCGGCACACGUUCGCCUGUGGCCAAUGCCCUCAGGGUGGUCAUGAUGGAGCUUGCGAUCCUGGCCCAGCUCGGGGUCUCGCCGGCCAAAUCAGCAAGGGCGAGCCCUAGGCCGGCAACUUCGGAGGCUAAGGAGUCGGACAUGCCUCAACCAGAAGUCUCCCGGGAAGCGGGAGCGAACCAUCGCAACAAAGAAGAGGCCAAAGGCCGUACUAAUCGCAGAUUUGAUUCCGAUGAUUGGCAGUGCGUCGUUCGCGACGAUGCCGAGCUCAUGGCGCAGAUAACGCCCUGGAGCGCAAGCGCAACCAGGUUGCUAGCAGGGUGCAUGUGCGCAGCGACGAAGUCAAACAAGCCCGGGACGCUUGCGCGCAGCCUUAUCGCAGCGGAGGCCGUAUCAACGCUGGUCUCCCACUACCCGUACCAAUAUUUUCACGCCCUCAUGCCAGCCCUCAUCGCAACGCAUACGCACAUGUUCAGGACCGUAGGGGCGUACGAAAGCAUGAUACUGCGCGUUUUCACGAGCCAAGAAGCGCAGCCGUUUCACACGCAGUUGGUGGCCAUGCUGAAGGAGGCUGGCUACAAUUGUGAGCUGACGGACAUGUACAAGCGGGCGCACAUCACUGCCUCCGGGAACAAAUGCUACGUACACGACGCAGAAGCCGACGUCAAGGAGGACGAUGCGAUCAAUGUUGUCGCCUUGAUUGCGGAAACCGGCGACGCCGAAGCGCGGUUCCAGCUGGCCACGAAAAAACUCGAGAACAGGUUGGAAGAUGAGAUGCUGAAGGGCUACAAGGCGGCGCAAGUGUUCGAGUGUAGCGCGCUGGCCAUCAAACACGUGAACAAUACGGACGGAGGCUUCAAUUGCGCCAACGCGCAGAUGAGGGUGGGGCCGCCAAUGCCACCGGCCGAUGAGCCUACGUUUGAUCUCGACUGCACGCCCAACCCCAAAUACACCAUGCCCUCCAGCAUCGCACCAAUAAGACCCACGCCGUGCGAAACGAUACGUGAGCAUCACAGACUGUACAGCUUAUUACUCGCAACACAAAUGAUGGACACCGCAGUGUCCUACACGUGGCAUUUGAGGGCGGCUGUCGCUUUGGGGAACAGACGUGAUCGUUUCGACGCCUUUAAUCGCGCACUGCUCAACAGGCUCUUCGUGUCUGGAACUUUGCCCAAGGAGACGCAGCGUAACCUGCUCGACGCGCUGUUGGACCACAUGGCCCAGAUGGUCAUGAUCAACCACAAACUGGGGGACACUGCUCAAGAAAGACAAGCCAGUCGUCAAAAGAUCGUGAUGGCAGACUCGUCGCUUACGGACGCCCAAAAUAUGGGUGUCAAGGAGCUUAUGACAUACGUGGCAUCAUCGCACCAAUCCGCGUUACUGGAGCAGCUGCUCGACUCCGUCAGCCAACUCCUGCUCACCAAGGCCUGCAUCGAGCUCGCCAAAGGGGUGGUUAGAGGCAACAAAGACGAGGUUAUUAGGGAGCUAAACGAGGUAAAUGCAACUGACCCAGCCGAUCAGCCUACGGGAACUGAAGUCCAGGAUGCGGCAGCCGUUGGACGCCUGGGAUAUGGCGAACUGGUGGAGGUCGUCAUAUCCAAACUCUACGUGCCUUGGAUACUGGAAGUGGUAGAGAUACGCGACGCAUAUGUGCUUCAAAUUUGCAAGUUCAUUCUCAACAUGCCAUUCAUCCCCCUAUCGCUCGUCAAACUGAUCAGCGGAUGGCUGCUGGACCCCACCAGCCGGAGGCUCGCGUUCUCGCUCAUAUCGAACAUCCUCAAAAAAUCGCAAUGCCCAGAUCUCAAACAACGCGUGCUAGAGCUCUUCUUGCGCAGCAUUGUCAGCGAGGACGCCGAGAUUAGGAACCUCUUCCUGAAGCUGGUCUCGUCGCCCAAGGGGCUCUAUCGUGUCAACACCGAAGGCAGGCGCUACAGCGUAGCCGCAUCGGAAGCCGCACAUGACGCGCUGGUGGAAUGGACGCGUUCGGGAGGCGGAUGUUCCAAGUGCAACAUCGGCCCCUACCUCUCCAAGGAGGUUAUUGAGGAGUGUAACGCCAUGGCGGAGAGGCCUAUUUGGCAGUGGAACAAGGGGCUCAUCACAGAAAUAUCGGGUGCACACAGGUCCGUCGGCACGAGAACAAGCGCUAAAUGCAAGGGCUGCGAGUGGCAGGAGCUGUACAACCAGGUGAACAAGACGCCGGAAGUGGACACGCAGCUGGCGAUCGAGUGGCCGCUGUUGCCCUCGGUCUGGCUCGAGGAACUCUUCGCGCUCAUGGCGAUGCCAGAUGCCGUAAAGGCACACCCCUUCCUCGUGGAGAUGUUAGGGGCUGUUGCGAGAGAAGAAAGCGAUGUCGACAUGGUGGAACCCGUCAUUGUCGCCGCCGGGAAGAACGCAGCGCUUGUGCCUUUCGUGUGCCAAAUCGCAGACAAGUUCGACGAGGAAACGACCGCCAAGGCAAGGCGCAACUGCUGCCCUCACGUGGCGGAGAUCGUGAGGGUACUCAGGCAUGAACCGCAGAUGAACGCAUUCCUCGUCACGCUCCUGGGGGAGGUGCGCGCAAUGUGGCUCGACCCCAAGUACAACCUUGUGGAAUCGUGGCAGCGGGAAUCUUCCCCCACCAAGCAGUUGGUUGAGGUUGCACUGAGUCACCUAGACAUGUGCGAGGAGUACGUUCUGCAGCUGACGCCGUUCCUUGGUGUUGAACAGCUAGAGACUGUCGUGACCCACCUGUUCACCAACAGCACUGAAGAGAACCUACAGCGCUGCCUCACGCUACUGCUGGAGGUGCCCACUACAUUCAGGAAGGAGCAGAAGGAGCUCAACCUCGCUCUGCCGCAACACUUCAUGUACCACUGCUACAGCAUCAAGCCCUACAAGGAGCUGCUCAAGCGGCAAACCGGCCUGCUGGAUCUCUGCGUGGAGUAUUGCGUAACUGGACAAAUGAGCGUCGAAUCCGCGCUAUCGGCGUGCACGCUCAUCGUUGAAAGCCCCGAGGACGUCUCAUUCGUCUUUGGCAGGCUGCUCUGCCAGCUCGUGCAGAAGGUACCGCAAACGCGCAGCGUGGUGGUGCAGGCCAUCCUACCGGCGCUGUUCAAGAGAUGCGCGUGGGAGGACAAAAUGCUGUGGCGCGGAGUUGUUAUUUGCAUGACGUCGCUCUGGCCUGGCCAUAAGGAGCAACUGUGCCGGCUCAUCCUACUGCUGCCCCAGCAGCAGGGCGAAGCCACCAUCAAGACGCUGCAAACUCAGCACAACAUCAUCGCCUUCAUGGAGUCAACUCUCCCCCAGCUGGACCACACUGUGCACAUACCGGCGUACAUCAAGACCAUGCUUUCGCUGUAG